AUGAAGGUCUCCAUGGCAGCCACAUCUCUCCCCCUCCUCCUGGUGGUCAUCACGGUCGCCCUGGGGUCCAAGACUGAAUCCUAUUCAGGAGGACCUUACCACCCCACCGAGUGCUGCUACAGCUACGUGACCUGGAAAGUCAGGCGGCAGCGGAUUUCAGGCUAUUAUGAGACCAGCAGCCAGUGCUCCAAGCCUGGAAUUGUCUUCAUCACCAAAAAGGGCCAUCAGUUCUGUGCCAACGCCAGCGAUGACUGGGUCCAGGACUAUAUCAAGGAGCUGGAGCAGAUCUGAGUGACCCAGAAGUAG